GAAGAGGCGGCAAGAGCCCCCGUUAUUUGAGUAUCGAGGUUGAGCAAAAAGCCUCAAUUCCAAAUACACUGGUUCAAUUAGGGUUUAACGGAAUUUCCCCAACGCUUGGUUGAACAAUUCGCAGCAAAUCGCAAUGGCUCGUAACGAAGAGAAAGCGCAGUCGAUGCUCAAUCGAUUCAUCACAUUCAAAGCCGAAGAGAAGAAGAAGCCAAAAGAGCGACGCCCAUACCUGGCCUCCGAAUGCCGAGACCUCAAAUGGCGGCAGAAAAUCAUGGGAGAGAUUCGCUGAAAAGUCGCCGAGAUCCAAAACGAAGGGCUUGGCGAGCACCGUCUCCGCGACCUCAACAAGCUCAUACGAGAGAAAGUUCACUGGGAACGACGAAUUGUUGAGCUCGGAGGUCCUAACUACGCGAAACACGCCCCUAAGAUGACGGACCUCGAUGGCAACAUCAUCAACGUCCCAAACCCUAGCGGCCGCGGCCCUGGGUAUCGGUAUUUCGGAGCGGCGAAGAAGUUGCCGGGAGUCAGAGAGCUUUUCGAGAAGCCGCCGGAGCUGAGAAAGCGGAGGACGAGGUACGAUAUAUACAAAAGGAUUGAUGCGAGCUAUUAUGGGUAUAGGGACGAUGAGGAUGGGGUUCUGGAGAAGGUUGAGGCUCCGGCGGAGGCCGUGGCAGAGUGGAAACGGAUGGAGGAGAUAAGGAAAGAGGCAAGGAGGGCGGUGAAGAGUGGGGAGGUGGUGUCGGUGGCGAAGGCGAAGGAGGUUUUGUUUGAAGAGGAAGAGGAGGUGGUUGAGGCAGAGAGACAGGAAUUACAAGAGAGGAGUGAGAGGGAGAAAGAGUUUGUGGUGCACGUGCCGUUGCCGGACGAUAAGGAAAUUGAGAAGAUGGUGCUGGAGAAGAAGAAGAAGGAGCUGCUGAGCAAGUAUACUAGUGAUGGAUUGUUGGAGGAGCAGACUGAGGCUAAGCAGAUGCUUAACAUUCAGCGCUAGAAUGCAGACACCUGGAAAGAGAAAGAGUAUGUUACUGUGUUUAAUUUGACUCAUUGACUGAUAAAAAGUUGUUUGUUCUUAUCAAAUAUCAAAUUGAUGUUUAAGAUGGAUUUUUGAUUUAUUAAUGUUCUGGAAUAAGUUGAAUUC